AUGGUAGCCAGUGACGUUGAGAAAGCCAUCGCCGCUUCCAGCGACAACUCUCGCAGAAGUACAAGACGAUGGGGAGUGGUUCUGCAAUUAACCAUUGUUGCCUUGCUCCUUAUGCGUAGACUUCAUUUUCCCGGCCCAGGUGAGUUAGGAAUUGCUUCCCCCCUAGAAAGCGCGUUUCUCGGGGCUUUGGAUGAAAACUUGGCAGGUAAUUGGUCCGAGAAAUAUACCUCCAUACCACACUUGGCAGGCCAAGGCGUGGAGCUAGUAAACUGGACCGCCGAAAAAUUCCGUGAGUACGGGCUAUUGACUGACGUCGAGUCAUUUGACAUCUAUUUGAAUUACCCCGUAGAGCACGGAUUGCAGUUGUUGAAAGAUGGGCGCAAUGGAACUCGAGUUGAGUACACUGCUACCUUAGAAGAAGAUAGGCUACCUGAUGAUCCUACUACGGAUGGAGAUGAUCUCGUUCAGGCCUUCCAUGGAUACAGUGCUUCCGGAAACGUAACAGCGGAGUACGUGUAUGUGAACUACGGUACGAAGGAAGACUUUGAGCUUCUGAAAAGCUUGAAGGUUGACUUGACCGGGAAAAUAGCUGUUGCGAGGUAUGGCAAGAUAUUCAGAGGCUUGAAAGUGAAAUUCGCACAAGAGGCAGGUUGUGUUGGGGUUUUGAUAUAUUCAGAUCCUGGCGACGACUAUUACCGCGAAUCAAAAGGUGAUAAAGCUUAUCCCGACGGACCUGCUAGAAACCCCUCGUCAUUGCAGAGAGGGUCUGUUCAAUUUCUAAGCCAGAAUCCGGGAGACCCAACAACGCCCGGGUAUGCUUCGCAGGGAGACGUCGAGAGAGUUGAUCCAUAUGACAGUAUCCCCUCAAUCCCAAGCUUGCCAAUAUCGAUGCGUGAGGUUGAGCCUAUUUUGAAACGCUUGAAUGGACACGGGCUGAACGUCACAAGCAUCGGAGGAGAUAAAUGGGUGGGCGCCCUAAAGGGCUUCGAUUACUGGACGGGACCUGCCCCAGGAUACUCUCUAAAUCUUUACAACAACCAGUCCUAUGACAUCAGGCCAAUCUACAAUGUUUAUGGUAAUAUAUCCGGGACAGAUGCCGGAGGAGAGUACAUUCUGGUCGGCAACCACCGCGAUGCUUGGAUCAAGGGUGGUGCAUCUGAUCCAAAUAGUGGUUCAGCUUCGAUGCUGGAAGUGAUCCGUGCUUUUAGCCAGCUAAUGGAGCAAGGCUGGAAGCCACGCAAGACCAUUGUAUUUGCGUCCUGGGACGGGGAAGAAUACGCGUUGCUAGGAUCCACAGAGUUCGGCGAGAAGUACGCAGACGACCUGAAGGCAAACUGCCUGGCUUACCUGAACGUGGAUGUUUCUGUGAGUGGAAAGACUCUGAACGUAGCUUCAUCGCCCCUUCUGAAUUACGUUUUGGAAGAGGCGCUUCAUCUGGUUCAAUAUCCUGAGGGCGGAACACUACACGAUCAUUACUUCGGUAGAAAGGAAAAGUUUGGGAUCUUGGGAAGCGGCUCCGACUACACAGUGUUCCAGGAGCACUUGGGCAUUGCCUCAGUCGACAUGGGGUUUGACUCGUCUUUCAAAGAGCCUGUAUACCAUUACCAUUCCAACUAUGAUUCCUUCCACUGGAUGAGCACCAUGUGCGAUCCAGGUUUCAAGCUUCACAAUGCCCUUGCAAGGUAUCUGGGGCUUGUGACACUCAAGCUGUCCGAGCGCAAAGUGACUGGGUUUAAGGUUUUUGACUACGCGGCAGAGUUGGAUCUAUACUUUGAAGAAUUAAAGGACCGUGUGCCUAUAGGAUGGUUGAACAUUCCUGCAGGCCGGUGCAAGAAGACAAUAGCAGAUGCCCUAGUGAUCCUUGGAGACCGACUGGGGGGAUUAAAGAAGCGCGCCGCGUCUUUUGACGCACGCGCCGAAGAACUUCAAGCUCUGUGGGAUGAGCCGAUGCCGUGGUGGAAGAGGAUAGCGUUGCACUACCGUAUUGUCGGACUGAACUACAAACUAAGGUUCUUGGAGCGUAUGUUCCUCCACGAGGAGGGUCUAGAGGGCCGGCCAUGGUUCAAACAUGUUGUUUACGCCGCGGGUAGAGACACAGGUUAUGAGGGCUUUGCGUUCCCCGGCCUGAAGGAGGCGCUGGACGACGACGACCCUGUGGCUUUCGGGAAGUGGCUACGUAUCAUUGGGCGCACGAUCAAGCACUUAGAGAAGAGACUCGGACAUGCAAAGCACUGA